AUGGCCGAUUCGGACUCCGAGUCGGCCUUGGACUCGUCGUUGAGCAGCGUCGUGGAGACGGAGACGGCCUCCACGCCGUUGUGUGACGACCCUGCAGCGCCGCCUCCUACCACCCCUCCUUCUCCUAUUUCCGCUGCUACUUCUUCUGUUCCUCUUAGCGCCAGCAGCAGCAGGCGGCGGUUCGCGCGGCGGGUGCUGCAGCUGGAGAGGGACGCGGGGCACGAGUGCCACCCGACGAGGGAGGAGCUGCGGGUAGGAUACCACUGCAUGGCCGAGCAUGACCAGUGGCUGCAUGGGUUGUAUCAUCAUGUAAAUGGAAGGCGUUUCUGCGGUGACUGCUGGCAUGCUGACAUGCCGUCUGUGCGGCAGGUGACUGAGCUGCUGCUGCAGUUCCUGAAUCUUGCGUCUGUGCGUGUGCCCCUGCGUGGUGACGUGGCUUUGGGCCCGGGUAACGUCAGGAUGGUGCUGGACGCGGUGGCAGGGCUCGGGGCGCUGAGGAGCUGCCACGUGCAGGCUGACGUGGCGGGUUGGGUGGAGUGGGGAGAGGGAGGUGCGCGGCGGGAUGAGGAGGCGGAGGAGGAGGAAGAGGAGAAAGAGAUAGCACGAGACUGCGAGAGCCGUUGGGUGGAAGACUGUGGUAUGAAGCUGACUCUGCUACACUCUCCCUGUGGCAGCGGCGAUGGCAAUAGCGGCUGCAAUGGGGAUGGGGGUGGUGACAAUGGGGAGCGAGCGGGUGGUGAUUGUAACGAGGUGGUUAUGGUGAUGCCCGGGUCUGCCUGGCGCCUGUCACAGCUUGAGGAGCUGGAGACGUCGUUCCGAGUGCCGUUUGAUGAUGACCAGGAGGAGUACGAGGAGGGACGCGGCGUAUGGAGCCAUUAUCUCGGACUCAAGGAGGAGGUCCCGGAGGAGGAGGGAGAGGAGCAGGAAGCACCUGCACAUGCCCCAGCCGCAGCCGCAGCAGCAGCAGCAGCAGCAGUAGCAGCAGUCGGAGUAGCAGCAGCAGCAGCAGCGCCAGCGGCGGCAGCAGGCGGGCCAAUUCGAGGCCUAGCCUCAUUGCCUCGCCUCUCCUCGCUCACCCUCCGCUCCUCCCUCGGCCUGCCCCCAUCCAUCCGCCACCUCCGCCACCUCACCCGCCUCCUCGCGCCCAAAGCCCUCUCCGACGCCACAGAAUCCCUCCCCCUCCUCCCCAACCUGCAACCUGCGAUUUGGUCCCCACACUUAACCCGCACCGCUGGGACCCAGCAUGGAGGGGCGAGGGAGACCGGUUCUCGUUCCCGAACCUCCGAGAGAUGA